AUGCUUGCAAGCCUGAGGGGCCUCUCAGUCGUGGUCAGGGCGGCUGACUAUUACGAUGUGCUGGGGGUGCCCCGCAACGCGGACAAGAAGGCCAUAAAGCAGGCAUACCGUUCCAAAGCCCGCAAGUACCACCCGGACGUGAACAAGGAGGCAGGCGCAGAGGCCCAGUUCAAGCAGAUCGGCGAGGCGUACGAGGUUUUGUCGGACGACCAGAAGCGGCAGAUAUACGACAAGUAUGGCGAGGCCGGCCUCAAGGGCGGCAUGGGCGGCUUCGGCGGCGCCGGCGGCAUGGGCGGCAUGGGCGGCGCGACGGACCCCUUCAGCAUCUUUGAGCAGUUCUUCGGCGGCGGCAUGGGGGGGAUGGGCGGGUUCGGCGGCGCGGGCACGCGGCAGACGCAGAUGCAGGGCGAGGAUCAGCGGUGA